UAUUUAUAUAAAAUGGGGGAUUCCUUAGAGUCUCCAAAAUCAAAAGAAAUUAAAUUAACUAAAGGACAUAAAAAUUCAGUUCAUUUUGAAGAUGUGAGUUCAAUAAAAAAGAAAGAAACAAAUAAUAAAAUAAGUUAAAAUGAGAGUGAUAAAUUUAAGUAUUUAUUCUAAAUCCCUAACAUAAUUUCUGAUCCAAAAUUAGUAUAGCGAAGAAAGACUUUUGAGACAUUCACAAAGAAUGCAAACUUAGAUUUAUAUUAUAUGCACUUAAAAAAAGCAUCAGGAAUAGCUAGAAGUAUAUCACAAAAAGCAGAUUAUAAAGAAGUGAUCGCCAAAAUACACAAUAAUAAGAUGUAAGAUUAGUUUGUACAUAAAUUACAUAAGAACAAAGGAUUAAUAUUGACAAAUGAGUUAUGGUCAAAUAAAUUAUUAAGUCAAGUAUCUGAUUAAUCAAGAUUGAAAGAAUUAUCAUAAAUGCUAUAAUUAUAGAAGAUUAAGCAGAAUUCUGAAGAACAACUACAACAUUAUGAAUAAUACUUUAAACAGUUUUUAAAAUAAAAAUGUUAGAAUGAAUUAGAUUUAAGAAAAGGAGAGACUUCAAAAGCAUUUAAUGAUUUGGAUGAAUAAGCAACUCUUGAUUAAACAUAUAAGGAUAGUCGUAUUUUAUCAAGAAAUCAGAGUGUCCCUCUGAAAUAAACAGAUUAAAGUUUCUUUUCAAGGGAGAUAUUAACAGCAUAGUUGAAUAAAAAGAGAAGAGUAGCAGAAUCUUAACAUAGUUCAUAUAAGUUGUCUGAGUUACUUAAGUUAUCAAAUGAGGAAAUACAUUCAACUUAAGGUGUUGUUAUAAGAUUGAAAAGAUUUACAAAAGAAGAAGCAGAAAUAUAGGAUAAACCUAAACAUAUUAGAAUAAGAAAAUUAUUUGCUGAAUAGCUCAAUAAUGUAAUUAAGAAUUCUAAGAAGUUAAAUUGA